AUGGCCGAUACCAAGCUCACCGACCAGCACGUCACCGACCUGCUGACGGUCCUGCGCAGCGACUCGAGCCUCGACGCAAAAGUCAACCAAGUCACGGCCGUCAAGUCGCGCAUCAAGCAACACAAUGUCCCCGAGGCCGCCGUUCCCGACCUCUUCGACGCCUUGCGCGCCGCCUCCACCUCACAGCAUGCCGCCCUCGUCAACGCCGGCUUCACCGCCCUCAACCACCUCCUCACCCGCCUCUCACGCCAGGAGCCUCGUCUGCUCGCCAAAGAGGCGCCUCGCACCUUGGCCCUCGUCGUCGACAGGCUGGGCGACCACAAGGACAAGUUCCGCACCCUCGCCUCCCAGGCCCUCACCACCUUCUUCGCCGCCGCCCCUGCCGAUGUCGAGCGCGCCGUCAGGAACCAGGCCAUGACCGGCAAGAAUGCCAGGGCCAAGGACGCCGCCAUGCACUGGCUUCUGCAGAUGCACCAGGAACAAGGUCUUCAGUUCCGAAGCUACGUGCCCGUACUCAUGGAGCUGCUCGAGGACGCAGACGGCAUGGUUCGAGACGUUGCUAAGGGCACCGUCAUCGAGCUCUUCAAAACCGCGCCGAAUACUGCCAAAUCCGAUCUCAAGCGCCAGCUCAAAAACUUCAAGGUUCGCCCUGCCAUCGAACAGGCCAUCGUCAAGGCGCUCGCGCCCGCCUCCGCGCGCCCAGACACCCCCUCCGACGCUGCGCCCCCGAGCCGGCCCAACCUGGCUGCCAGCGUCUCCUCCCUCUCGAGCGAACGUCCGACGACCCCGAUGGUGGACACGCAGACCGAGCCCAUCGAACCCACGUAUGUCAACACCAACCGCGAGCUCGACGAUAUAUUCCGCGGCAUGGCAUUGCACUUUGAGGGUAGGGAGACGGAACAGAACUGGAUGAAGCGCGAGCAGGCAAUGGGCACGCUUCGCAAGCUCAACGCCGGAAACGCACCGGCCGACUUCCACGAUUCUUUUCUCACCGGGCUGCGGAGCAUGCUCGACGGCAUCAUCAAGGCUGUCACCUCGCUGCGCACAAGCUUAUCCAAGGAGGGAUGUGGCCUGGUCCAAGACAUUGCCAUCACCUUUGGCCCUGCCAUGGACAACAUGGUCGAGCUGCUCAUGCAGACGUUUGUCAAGCUGUCCGCGGGCACAAAAAAAAUCAGCUCCCAGCUGGCGAACGUCACCGUCGACACCAUCAUCGGCCGCGUGACGUACAGUGCCCGCCUGAUGCAGCACGUCUGGGGCGCUUGCCAGGACAAGAACGUGCAGCCAAGGAUGUACGCCACCGGCUGGCUUAAGACGUUGAUCAAGAAGGAGGCUCACCGCAAGAGCCUUGUCGAGCACACCGGCGGCGUUGAUCUCAUGGAAAAGUGCAUCAAGAAGUGUCUCGGCGAUGCGAACCCCGGUGUCAGGGAGAAGAUGCGGUCCGCCUACUGGGCUUUUUGGGCCGUCUGGCCGGCCAGGGCUGAUGCAAUCAUGGCCGACCUGGACCCAACUGCCCAGAAGCUCCUCAACAAGGACCCGAAUAAUCCCAACUCAUCAAAGCAGGCAGCCGACCCACCUCGGCCCGGCCUCGGGCUCUCGAGAAGCGCCAUGACGACGAGCAAGCCGAGCCUGCGCGAAGCCAUGCUGGCACAGAGAAAGGCAGCCGUGGCUACACGGAACUUGCCCCCGCGGCCGGGCUCUGCCAUGGCGCACCUCUCUCCUGUGCGCUCAUCAUCCAACUCCUCGAUCCACUCCACUGCGGCACCCAAGCCCGCCGGUCCACGGCCGGUCCCUACUCUGUCCGAGACCAACCAAGCAAUGCUCAAGGAGGCCUCGCCGAGGAGGACCGCGCCGCGACCGCGCCCCGGACAUGCUUCCCACGCGAGCGAGUCUGGUCCCAUGUCCCCGGCAGCCCGCGCGGCGUCUAAGAUUGCCUCUCCUCGCGGGAGCCCUGCGAGCCCGAGGGUACCGCACAAGGCAGUCGCGUCGCCCAGCCCCUUCAAGUCCCACGAGGACAUUACGCUUGUCGUACCAGCCAUGUCCAGCAUAGAGUCGGCCACGUCACAGGAACCGGCGCCGAUGGAUGCUUCAGCAGAGCCACCCGCAGAGCCGGCAGCGGAGCCCCUUGCGGAACCACCCGCAGAGGCACAAGCUUCACCUGUGGGUGUCGCUGCAGAGGAAAACCUGCAGCCGGAAUCCGAGUCCCCCCAACGUGCACUCAAGAUAUAUGAGGAUCCGUUCACCGAUGAGCGGCAACAAACGCCGAAGCCUACAUUAGCCGCGCCCGUCUUAGAAGACAAGCCUGUCAACGAGGAUGCGGCCCAACUGCAAAAGACCAACGGUCAUGAACCCACGGUAGAACAGGUCAGCUCUCCGGAAAAGACACGUCAGAAUUCACGACUGGUGGACAGCGGCAUUGCCAAGAUUGAGGCCAAGGCCCUCGAGGUUCAUGGCUUCAGGAAACUGCAAUCCCUGAUCCGCGACAGUAGGACCGUCUUCACCGACGACAGGUUUGAGGCGCUCCUGCUAGGUCUCUUCCAGUAUUUGCAAGCCCCUCUCAGCGAGGUGCCGUCGGACAAGGCCCAAGACGUCAAGGCCCAGAUCCUCACGACCAUCAAGCUCCUGCUCAAGCAGGAGAGGGACAAUUUCCAGCCCUUUGUCUCCCAGGGCCUCGAGUCCCUGCUCCAGACUCGCAGCGGCUACGACUCGAGGGCCCACAUCGUCAGCGGUCUCGAGCUCCUGGCCGACGAGCUGGUGACCCUCGGCGACGGCUCCGAGAUCAUCGUCGUGCUCACCGGACGCCUGCAGGGCUGCGCGGACACGUCGCCCGAGGGCUGCCGCACCCUCAGCAUGGGGCUCCACGUCCUCGAGGAGCUACUCGACAAGCGCGCCGGCCUGGUGCCAUCGGACAGCGAGCUCGCGCAGCUCACGGCGCUGGCCGGUCGCGUCCUGGGCUCUGCCGACUCGGGCGUGCGCAUGGACGCCGUCAAGCUCUGCGUCUCGCUGCAUCAGCGCGUCGGCGACGCGGCCUUCUGGGAGGCCCUGCGCGGCGUCGACGAGGACCCCAAGAGCCUGAUUACCUACUACAUUGUCAAGAAGCAGCGCGAGCAGGCUUCUUGA